GCACUGCAGAAAUGGCUAAUUUGAUUGGGGUGGGGGGAUGGUUGAAUGCACAAAAGAAACUCACAGAAACGCAUAAUGUGUUUGAGGCCAUGCGGCCCGAUGGUCAAGUAGUUAGCGCGUCGACCUCACAGUGCAGAGGUCGUGAGGUUGAUCUCGGCUCCGGCCUUCCUGUGUGGAGUUUGUAUGUUCUCCCCGUGCCUGUGUGGGUUUUCUCCGGGUACUCUGGUUUCCUCCCACAUUCCAAAAACAAACAUGGCAGGCUGAUUGAACUCUCGAAAUUGUCCCUAGGUGUGAGCACGGAUGGUUGUUCACUUGUGUGUGCCCUGCAAUUGGCUGGCAACUAAUUCUGGCUGUCCCAGUUGACCUGGACCGUCAAAAAUUUGUCGGCAGGUCUAUUAACUCAUUCAGUCGCAGCCAUUUUCACUGGAGCACGCCCUCAAUCCCAGCCGUUUUACUGGAUUUUGAUUUGCAUGGCCCGCGCGUUUUCAUGUCCUAUCGCAAAUUCUGCAAAUGUGGCAGUCUUGUUAAUAACAGUCUUCUUUGGUGUGUCAAAUGUAAAUGACAGUUAAUUGAAUUGUAGGGGUUGUAAAUGUAUUACAUGGACGAAUUAUCGUAUAUUAUGAUCAUUUUAAUGUGCGAGCCUCCCACCCCAAUCCCGAGGGAGGGGUUGAAAUAUGCGUGAUUUAAGUGGCCGCAUCAGGACCCCGCACUUGUGGUCUAUCCGAAGCUUCGCGUGAGCAUCCUCCAGCAGGAAUGUCCUCCAGCUCCGAUCCGAACGGCCCCCCGGCUAACCAGUUCGUGCAGCCGGCGUGGCGAGUGGCUCUGUGGGCCCUGGCUUACUGCGCCGUCCUCGGCGUGGCCCUGCUGGGCAACGCGGUGGUCAUCUGGAUCAUCUUGGCCCACAAGCGGAUGAGGACCGUCACCAACUGUUUCCUGCUCAAUUUGGCGGUGUGCGACGCGUCCACGGCCGCGUUCAACACGCUUGUGAACUUUAUCUACGCAGCCCACGGAGAGUGGUACUUCGGGGCGCUCUACUGCACGUUCCACAACUUGUUCCCGGUCACGGCGGUGUUCGCCAGCAUUUACACCAUGACCGCCAUUGCUCUUGACAGGUACAUGGCCAUCAUCCAUCCUCUAAAGCCUCGCCUGUCCGCCAAAGCCACUCUGGCUGUGAUCGUGACCAUCUGGAGUCUGGCCGUCGUCCUGGCCUUCCCCCUCGGGUACUUUUCCACAAUUCGAGCCUUGCCCCGCAGGACGCUCUGCUACGUAGCCUGGCCCCGCAUGGCAGACGAUCCCUUCAUGUAUCACAUCAUCGUGACUGUCCUGGUCUAUGUGGUGCCCUUAGUGGUGAUGGCCAUCACUUACUCCAUCAUCGGUGUAACCCUUUGGGGAGGUGAAAUCCCAGGAGACACAUCGGAUAACUAUCAUGGACAGCUGCGGGCAAAAAGGAAGAUCGUGAAGAUGAUGAUGGUUGUGGUGGUGACCUUCGCCCUCUGCUGGCUGCCUUAUCACGUCUACUUCAUGGUGACGGGCCUCAACAAAGGUCUGAGUAAGUGGAAGUCCAUCCAGCAGAUCUACUUGGCAGUGCUGUGGCUGGCCAUGAGCUCCACCAUGUACAACCCUAUCAUCUACUGCUGCCUCAAUAGCAGAAAUGGAUUGGGGUGUGGAUCUUGGAUCAGGUUUCGAGCCGGCUUCAAGCGUGUUUUCCGCUGGUGUCCAUUCAUCCGGGUGACCAGCUACGACGAGCUGGAGCUCCAGAACAGACGGCGCCGCCCGGGCCGCCAGAGCAGCAUAUGCACUCAGUCACACGUGGACACCAGCAUCCUGAGCAAGGACAAGAGUGUGUGCUCGCAUGGGAAUACACGUAGGUCCAAGUCCAAAACGUAGGCUGAUAAUAAAGGAGUUAUGGUACGCUACAGUCUGUCACUUGUUGUCAGAUUUUUGGGGUCCAGAGGUGAAAUAUUUCCCCAAAUCCCUGUCAUGAUGCUAACGCCAACUACCUAAAUGCCGUAGGACUAAAACAAAAAGUUGCUCAUUUUCAAGAAAGUGAUUCUACAAUAACGAGUUUGUGUUUUUUGAGGGGGAAACGUCGUAAUAGAAAGUUGACUUUAUUUCAAGACGAAAAAGUUGUAAUCACAAUGAGGAGCUCCCUGGGUGUCAAUUUCUGUGAACUAUGGUUUUUUUAUUUUUAUUUUUUUUAAUUGGAACGCUCAGAAAUAUAGCAAAUAUAUUAAAAAAUAGCAGUAACUAUGGCCAACAGAUGGGGUCUAUAUGGGUGAGAUCACCAUGUAUCAAAAAGUUUUACAGUACAAUCGAACCUCGGUUUUCGAACGUCUCGGUUCUCCUCCAACUCGGUUUUCGACCAAAAAUCUCGAGUUUUUUAUGCCUCGGAUGACGAACAAAUUUCGGUUCUCGAACAAACUGAGCGCACUUGUAUGCACCAUUUGACUCCUCUCGCCUUCUAUAGCGGCAACUUAGUAUCCUUUUGUCGAUACGUCAGCAGGGGAUGUAGGUUUUUGACUCGUGCUUUUCUUCGACGGGCUUUUCCUUUCCACGGCGACGACAAGGAAUACACGAGGCCGCCAUCGUUGAUCCAAAAAAAAAGAUUUGCUUUAUUUUCUUGAACACAAAUUAAGGCUUUAUCAAAUGGAUUAAUAAAACCUCUACAAUACACUUAAACGAAAUACGAAAUCAGUUCACAUGAAGUACGAAAUAAGCAAACACGAAGUACGGUCAAAAAAAGGUGUUGCUCCAUGCCCUACUGUCUUCCUAAUGAUGCUUACAUAAAUCUAGCCUCUUAACAGACUAAAAACAGGACAACCAAU